AUGGCUACCCCUAGCGUUCUCACCUUUGAUGGUGAGGGUCUGGCUGUCGACUUUGAUGUCUGGGUGGAUGAUCUGCAGCUUUUCUUGCAGUGCGAUAGGAAAGACGGUCUCUCACUGUUCGAUCUCACGUCUGGCGCCUCUCCUGCCCCUACUACCGAUGCUAACAGCACUGUUCACUUCCAGUGGGCCACACGCAAUGCUGCUGCCCGUCUUGCUGUGCGUAGUCAUUUGCCGUCCACUGAGCGCGCGCACUUUAGUCAGUACAAGAGUGCUAAGACCUUGUUCGACGCUGUAGUUGCACGCUACUCUUCCCCUGCCACUGCUGCCCUUAGCCGCCUCAUGCUGCUGGACCACUUCCUCCCUGUUUGCCCCACCACACUCACCGUUGACCUCCUCGAGGAGCGCCUCCUGGCAGCUGAGAAGGGUAUAGUCGCUGUAGGAGCCUCUCGUGGUGACCCUCGUACCCUCUUCUUUGAGGGGUGCUCCCCCUCCCCGCUUUUGCCCUCUGCUGCCUCUGGUGCUGCCGUCGACUUCGUUAGCACCGAGUCGGUCGGCCCUGCGUCUGCCCCUGGCGAGAGAUGCCGCACCGGCAAGGGCAAGGGGGGCAAGGGCGCUGGAGGGGGUGGCGGAGGCGGUGGAGGUGGCGGUGGUGGGGGCUUCAGUGGCGGCGGUGGAGGCGGGGGCGGCGGCUGCAGUGGCGGUUGGAGCGGAGGUGGAGGCGGUGGCGGCGUGUUGAUGCUACUCUAA